AUGGCACUGUCGAAUCAAUUGGGCAACAAUGGACAUGUGAGCGACGAGGAGGAAGAAGAUUUGGAAGAAACUUCAGGAAAGCAGUCGGAUGAGGACGCGACCAGUGAAGGUGACAGCGGCAGUGAAAACGAAGGUGACAGGGAGUGUGAUGGAGAAGGAACGACGGAAGUCAACGGCGAUGGUGAAUAUGAACUAGACCGGGAAGAGCCGUCUUCCCCAUCCGCGCAUGAAUGGAAGAUUAUUCUGAUGAAAGCUGAAUUUGCUGAGGAUCUCUCCGACCAAAUACGCAAAAUGAAACCGUAUGAAAGAUGUCAACAAACGGGUAGUAUUGUAACCACCAAAUCAUUCAGAAAUCUCGUCCAGGGUUUCUGCAUGUUCCUUGAUUGCGGCACGAAGAUCAAUGUUAAAGUUAUGAAAAAUUUGACACGUAAAGUAUUUGCUUGUUGUGAUCUGCUCUUCGAGAUACUUCGCGUUCUUCCAAAUCAGUUCAUUUCCGAUGUGACUCUAUCUCUACCUGGUUUAAUGUCUUUCAUUUCCUCAAGUUCAUCCCCGAUCCAGGCACGUAAGCAGUUACACCACGAAUGUUCAACGUUUGCAAAUCACCCUCUUAGAAGACAGAGAAAGAGAAAACUGGUCAAAAAUUUCCAAGAAGCUUGGAUUGGUCUAAUGAGGUGUUCUGUUCCUCCCAAAGUACUUAUUGUAAUGAUACCGCACAUAACCGAAAAUGUCCUAGACAAACUUGAUGAACCUCAUAAAACAGCGGAAUUCUUUUUCAAGGCAUUUGAUAAGGGUGAUAUGUUUGCGAUACUCUCUCUGGCUGCGAUUUUCAAGCUUAUAGUGUCGCAUAACUUUGAAUAUCCUAACUUUUACGAUCAUGUCUAUUCUCUGACGAAGCCUGCAGUACUGUAUCUUGACCAGAAGGAAAAAUUUAUAUCACUUCUCGACAAAUUCCUGUCAUCCACGUAA